UCGAGGAGGGACCCUAUUAUCUGCUUCGCCGGUGGUGAUAAAGGGCAUUAUGCCAACCAGUGAAGGAAUCCAAAACCGGGUUGGCGUGGAGGGAGAACUUCGACGUCAUCAGACUUUAGGAGGCGUCGCUCGCUUUCUCAUCGGAAGCACUACAGGGGGUCGAGCUCGGACGAUAGGAAAGUGCGAUCCCAGAUGAAGAAACUCGGCAAGAACUUGGAGACGGUGAUGGAGUACAUUGAGGCAGAACUUGCAGCAAAAGAGGCGAAAAUCCGACAAAAGGUUGAGAAAAAGGAAGAUGAGAAGCGUGAAAAGGAAGCAGCAGAAGCGAGGGCAAGAAAAGUCAGGAAGAAAGCGGAAAAGGCGAGAUUGGAAGAGAAAAGAGUAGCUACAAUGAAAAAAAAUAUGAAUGUACGUAUAAAACUGACUGUGAAGGAUGUCAUGCAAAACGCUUGGCAGAACUCCGAACUCCGUGAUGCGUUAAUAGCAACGAAACUGGUCAAGAAAAAGAAGGAUUAUGAGUUCGUGAGUAGAGGUACCGAGGAAAUUCGAGAAAGGACGGAGAGCUUGACUAUCCAUAAGAAGAGGAAGAGAGGAUUCGAACCGGUCUUCAACGAUAGUCCACCAAUAGAACUAUCGCCGAAGAGGACGGUGAAACGUACCCCUAGACGCGGGAUCAUGAAGCCUGUUAAGCUGGCAACGAGAUUGACGAGAUCGAAGACAAAACCGAAAGUCAAGUUGUCACCAACAACCAAGGAGAAAUUUGCUUCAGAUGUGAAGAAAACGAUCCCGGCGAGCAUCGGAGUUAUCGGGAGAUACAAAUAUCGAGAUGAAGUGAUGAAGCAGAUCAAGUACCACGAUGAGAUCACAUUGCAGAAUCUCUGCAAUGAGGAAGGUAUUCUAUACAACGGGAAGAUUGAGGCGAUCUUCGAUUUGGCUGACCAUCAAACCUACAUCGCAUAUGGAUCGGAGGAUGAGAAACAAGAUGUGGUUGAGGAAUAAAAGAACGACGAGGAGGCAGCGAAUCCUGAGAACGCCGAAUAAACCAAGGUGGAAGAUAACUUAUGUGGCUACAGUAUCGCCGAGUAUUGGAAGUGAUGUAGAAUUUUGGUUGACCUGCGAGGUAAGUAGGUUAGCCAUCUCGUAGACCGACUAUCAAGGAUCAACCAAGUGGCGGGAAGUAAAAGAAAAUUGACGGA